AUGUCGUCAAACAAGGUCAGCGAGGAAGUGUAUCUCAGUCCCGCUGUCAAGGCCUUCACAAAGACGCCGCUUCUCACCUCAAGACAUACCACAUACCCGAAGGUCAGCACUCCCCAAAACCAGUUUUUUACUGUUUUUUUUUUACUGAUGUUUAAUCAAAAGGUAACAGGCUCAUUCCUUGAAAAUUUGAUAGCUAAACGGACCGAAUACUCUGAGAACUGCACCAGAAGACUAGCAGCGAGUGUACCCCCAAAAACUGGAAUCUACUGUAAUGGGACAUUUGAUAUGUUUCUGUGUUGGCCCCAUUCAUCUCCUGGGAAUGUGUCCGUCCCCUGUCCCUCUUACUUACCAUGGAUCAGUGGAGACCACAACAGGAGUGCACACAGAGAGUGCCUGGCAAAUGGGAACUGGCGACUGAGGGAGAAUUCCUCGGAGCCCUGGAGGGAUCAGUCAGAAUGUCACGAUGAGAACCAUUACUUUAAGGACAAGGAGGAAGAAGUGCUUCGCCAUACGGCCCUGAGGGUCAUCUCUAUCAUUGGCUACUCCCUGUCACUGUCUUCCCUCACACUGGCCACUAUCCUCAUGGGCAUGUUCAGGAAGCUCCACUGCACCAGGAACUACAUACAUAUGAAUCUGUUUGUGUCGUUCAUCCUGAGGGCAGUGGCAAUCAUUUCAAAGGAAAUCAUAUUAUACAUCAUGUACACCGACUUACCCAAAGAUGACCCUGGAUGGAACUUCUACUCCUACUCUGCGACUGCGGUGAUGUGCAAACUCUCCAAGGUGUGCAUGGAGUACUUUGUGGCCUGCAACUACUUCUGGCUCUUGGUGGAGGCCAUAUUCCUGCACACCCUCCUCUUCACCGCAGUGCUGACCAAGAGACGCCUGCUCAAGAGAUACAUGCUCCUAGGAUGGGGUACACCUAUCUUGUUUGUGACACCAUGGACGGUGAUUAAGAUCUUAUAUGAAAAUACAGGAUGCUGGGAAAUUGUGAACAGAGGGUUCUAUUGGAUAAUAACUGGCCCAAUUACAUUAGCAGUAGUGGUUAUCUUCUUUAUAUUCAUAAAGAUUUUGAUGCUGCUGCUGUCCAAGCUGAAAGCAGAUCAGGUCAAAUUUACCGACUACAGAUACAGCUUGGCCAGAGCUACGCUGGUACUGAUUCCUCUUCUGGGGAUUCAUGAGGUGGUGUUUACUGUGCUGAUAGAUGAAUGUGUGGAGGGCAGCAGUCGCUAUGCCAGGAAUUUCAUCAACCUCACCCUCAGCUCCUUCCAGGGAUUCUUUGUUGCUGUGUUAUACUGUUUUGCCAAUGGAGAGGUCCAAGCAGAACUGAAAAAGCGCUGGCAGCUUUUCCUGUUCACCAACCGCUUCCAGGUCAGGAGUUGUUUCCAGGGCGCGCCCCUCAAGCACCUGUGGAAGUGCACCCGAGGACGGCGCCCACGCGGCUCCCAGCAGAGCGAAUCCUGCGACGAGGGCGGAGCUUCCGCAACACACCCACACUUGCUUCAGGUGGCUGUCCAUGGAAGAUACACAGCGCCGGGAGUGGGGGAGGUUAAAGGUCAGAGGAUGAAGGGCUGCGACGCUGCGGGACUGAACUUUAUGACCAGGAAGAGCCUGUCCAGCAGCGAUGGAGAGAUGACGCUCGGUGAGACCAUGGAAGAGAUUCUGGAGGAGAGCGAGUUCUGA